AUGGCUACCGUCAACAUUCGCCGGGAUAUCUCCGAUCCCUUCUACCGCUACAAGAUGGAGAAGCUCCAGUCCAAGAUUGAGGGCAAGGGCAACGGUAUCAAGACCGUCAUUGUCAACCUGAACUCGGUCGCCCAGUCUCUCAGCCGUCCUCCUGCCUAUGUCAUCAAGUACUUCGGUUUUGAACUCGGUGCCCAGGCUAACGCUAAGCCGACCGACGACCGUUGGAUCAUUAACGGUGCCCACGACGCCAACAAGCUCCAGGACUACCUGGAUGGCUUCAUCACCAAGUUUGUCCUCUGCAAGAAGUGCAAGAACCCCGAGACUGAUGUCUCCAUCAAGGACGAGAGAAUUAUCCUUGACUGCAAGGCCUGUGGCCAGCGUUGCGACGCUGACCCCCGCCUGAAGCUGAGCACUUUUAUUGUCCGCAACAACCCUAAGGGCGGCAAGAAGGAGAAGAAGGACAAGAAGGCCCGCCGUGAGGCCAAGAAGGAGAAGCAGAACAACGGCGAAGAUGUUAGCCCCGGUGACAGCAACGGCUCCGAGGACGGUGGCGAUGAUAACGGCGAUGAUGCCCUCGAGGCCGGCAGCGACGAUGAAUUGGUCCGCCAGGCCAAGCAACUGCAGCUGGAGCAGGACAAGGAAAUCGCGGACGACGACUGGGCCGUUGACGUUUCUGAGGAGGCCGUCAAGGCUCGCGCCAAGGAUCUUCCCGAUGACCUUAAGCGGGCCGUCGUUGUUGAGGAUGCUGACGGUGACGAGGCCGAUGGUCCUUCCUCCUACGAGCAGCUGGGUAGCUGGAUCAUCGAAACUGCCGAGGAGAAGGGCGGCGUUACUAAGGUCGAGGACAUCGAGAUCUACAAGAAGGCCAAGGAGUUCGGCAUCGAGAGCAAGCACAAGACUCUCGCUGUUCUGGCCCAGAGCAUUUUCGAUGAGAAGAUCGCCCAACAGGUCGAGGCUCGUGCCGGUCUGCUCAAGAAGCUUAUCACUUCCGAUCGCCACGAGAAGGCUUUCCUUGGUGGUACCGAGCGCUUCCUCGGCCAGGACCACCCCGCCCUGAUUCCCCAGGUGCCCGCCAUUCUUCUUGCCUACUACCAGAAUGAUAUUGUGACCGAGGAGACCCUCAAGGCUUGGGGCGCCAAGGCCAGCAAGAAGUACGUCGACAUGUCGAUCAGCAAGAAGGUUCGCAAGGCUGCCCAGCCCUUCCUGGAGUGGCUUGAGAACGCGGAGAGCGAGGAUGAGAGUGAGGAGGAGAGCGAUUAA